GAUUUGAAUCGAAUAAUCCAUUAGUCACUUAUUACACCUUUGAAUAAUCGCUUACAUUGGGGAUGGUGAUAGCCACAAAGUUGAGCAGGAAACUUGGAAGAAAUUAGCGGAGAUGGCUUGACUCCCUGCUUUGCCUACUGUAAGUCUAAUGCUAUAUAUAUAUAUAUAUAUAUAUAUAUUCUAAGUACAACAACCAAAUGCAUCCAUCCAUUGAUCUAUAUAUUGUGCAAAUAAACAUGGCGUCGUUCAAAUAUCGUGCAGUUGUAGUAGUAUUAAUAGCUGCUAUUAUUAUGUUAAUGGCAACUUCUAUUCUAUCAAAAUCCUCAUCAUCAACAGAGGAAGCAGAGGCUCUUCUCUGCACUGGUUGGUGGGGGAACACUAUUCCAGUUAACACUUCCACAACUCACUGUAAGUGGAAAGGAAUAUCUUGCAAUGGGUUUGGAAAUGUCAUUGGGAUAGACCUUUCUAGUUCCUACUAUGAAGUAGUUGGAGAGCUGGAGAAAUUGAACAUGUCUUCCUUUCCAAACUUACUAAGUCUGGAUCUCAGCUACUGUGAGCUCAACGGACGCAUCCCGUAUGAAAUCGGAAGGUUGUCGAAACUCAAUUCUCUUCGACUUCAAAGCAAUGAUCUUACAGGUAUGUUGCCUCUUUCCUUGGGUAACCUCACCCAACUAAUCGAACUCGACAUUUCUUACAAUCAUGUCAGCGGCUCCAUCCCCCCAGAAAUAGGAAAUCUUGAACAUUUGAAAUCUUUGUCCCUUUCUUCAAAUGAAUUCAAUGGCUCUAUCCCCCUAGAAAUUGGAAGGUUGAGGAAACUCAAUUCCCUUGAUCUCUAUUACAAUAAUCUUACAGGUAUGCUGCCUCUCUCCUUGGCUAACCUCACCCAACUACACGACCUCGACAUUUCUUCCAAUCAUGUCAGCGGCUCCAUCCCGCCAGAAAUAGGAAAUCUUCAAAAUUUGACAUCUUUGUGGCUUGCUUCAAAUCAAUUGAAUGGCUCUAUACCCUUAGAAAUUGGAAGGUUGUGGAAACUCAAUUUCCUUGAACUUUAUGACAAUAAUAUUACAGGUAUGCUGCCUCUCUCCUUGGCUAACCUCACCCAACUUCUCGGCCUCGACAUUUCUUUCAAUUAUGUCAGCGGCUCCAUCCACCCAGAAAUUGGAAAUCUUCAAAAUUUGACAUAUUUGUGGCUUGCUUUGAAUCAAUUGAAUGGCUCUAUCCCCCCGGAAAUAGGGAAUCUUGAUAAUUUGGAAUAUUUGUUGCUUUCUUCGAAUCAAUUGAACGACUCUAUCCCCCCGGAAAUUGGAAAGUUGUCCAUGCUCAAACAACUUUCUAUUUCUUCCAAUCAUAUCAGCGGCUCCAUCCCACCAGAAAUAGGAAAUCUUCAAAAUUUGGAAUAUUUGUCCCUUUCUUCAAAUGAAUUCAAUGGCUCUAUCCCCCUAGAAAUUGGAAAUCUUGGAAAUUUGAAAUCUCUGUCCCUUUCUUCAAAUGAAUUCAAUGGCUCUAUUCCCCUUGAAAUUGGAAAGUUGUCCAUGCUCAAUCGCCUUGACAUUUCUUCCAAUCAUAUUAGUGGCUCCAUCCCCCAAGAAAUAGGAAGUAUGAAAAAUCUACAUUACUUGAACCUCUCCCACAAUAAUUUCUCCACCAUUCCCAGUUCAUUUAGCCCUGCUCAUUGGAUGGAAAUUGAUAUCUCAUACAAUGAUUUGGAGGGAGAAGUUCCAGAAGGUCUUCAAGUUGCAAUGGUGUAUAUGAAAGGCAACAAAGGUUUAUGUGGCGGAGUCUAUAAUUUCCCUCCUUGUCCCGCGACCAUUGGCUCUACCAACCGGAAGAGAAAGAGAUAUAUAGUCAUGGUCAUUUUUUUGCUUGGCAUCAUCAUUUCCAUUGCUUUCUUCAUUCUUGGAAUUGUGUACUGCUGCUAUCGUAAAAAGAUAAGGAAAAAUACCGAGUUAGAAGGAAGGGAAAUGAAGAAUACAGAUAUAUUCUCAGUGUGGAAUUAUGAUGGAGGAAUUGCAUAUGGAGACUUAAUUGAAGCAACAAAUGACUUCGAUAUAAAAUACUGCAUUGGAACAGGUGGUUAUGGCAGUGUUUACAAGGCAGAGCUGCCGAGUGGCAAAGUAGUUGCAUUGAAGAAACUUCACAAGUUAGAAGCUGAGGAGCCAGCUUUCGACAAGAGCUUCAAGAAUGAGGUGCGAAUGUUAACAAAUAUAAGGCAUCGGAACAUUGUCAAACUUUAUGGAUUCUGUUUGCACAAGCGUUGCAUGUUCUUGGUUUACGAGUACAUGGAAAGGGGAAGCCUAUUCUGUGUCUUGAGAGAUGAUGCUGAAGCUGUGGAAUUGAAUUGGACUAGGAGGGUGAACACCAUUAAAGGCAUUGCACAUGCUUUGUCUUACAUGCAUUAUGAUUGUUAUCCACCAAUUGUUCACCGCGACAUAUCAAGCAACAACAUUCUGCUGAACUCGAAAUUGGAGGCGUUUGUCUCUGAUUUUGGCACAGCUAGACGGUUGUAUCCUGAUUCAUCAAACCAAACUAUACUUGCAGGCACUUACGGAUAUAUUGCCCCAGAAUUUGCCUACACCAUGGUCGUGAAUGAAAAGUGCGAUGUUUAUAGCUUUGGGGUGGUGGCACUCGAAACACUUAUGGGAAGACAUCCGGGAGAACUUCUCCAAUCAUUGGCGUCAACAUCUACUCAAACCAUAAUGCUAAGUGAUGUGUUAGAUGCACGCCUCCAAGCUCCAGAGCAUGGACUGGUUGCACAAAAUAUUGUUCUGGUCGCUACAUUGGCAUUUGCUUGCUUGCAUUCUGAACCAAAGUCUCGACCAACAAUGCUACGGAUUUCUCAAGAGUUUCUUGCUUCCAAGGCCCCUCUAGCUAAAUCUCUUCAGGGCAUUUCACUGUCACAGCUAAUGAAUCAUGAUACGUAUUUGAUCAAUUAAUCCAAUAAUCUUAUGCACCAGCUAUUUGACUUUAUGCAUUUGUAUUACAACAUCUAAUAAAUCAAGAUGUUUAUUUGUGCAAUCG